AUGUCUGUCAAAACCCCUGUCUUCACUGAGAAGGCCCCCAAGCCGUUGCCCGGCAUCUACUCGCAGGCCAUCAUCGCCAACGGCGUCGUGUACUGCUCUGGAGCAGUUGCGAUUGACCCCGAGACGGGGAAGCUGAUUGAUGGCGACAUCAAAGCCCACACGCACCAAUGCAUCAAGAACCUGUCGAAUGUCCUCGAAGCUGCGGGCACCAGCCUCGACAAGGUCGUCAAAGUGAACGUCUUCCUGGCCAACAUGGACGAUUUCGCCGAGAUGAACUCCGUCUACACGCAGUACUGGGGUGAAGUCAAGCCAUGCCGAACCUGCGUCGCCGUGAAGACCUUGCCCCUCAACACGGAUGUCGAGAUCGAGUGCGUGGCGGUGCUGUAA